AUGAAUGAACAUCCUAAAAAGAGGAAAAGGAAGACUCUACAUCCUUCUCGAUAUUCAGAUUCUUCAGGUGCAUACAAAUACAUAGACAACAGUGGAAUCUUUUCGGACCACUGCUAUAGCGUCUGUUCCAUGAAACAGCCAGAUCUAAGGUUUUUUGACAACAGAGGUAGAUUCCACAGUCCUGUGCAGAGCCUGGACACGGAUGAUGAUGGCAGUCCAGUGCAUGCAGGGACUUCUCAGUGGAGUGGGUCACAUUCAAACGUUGUGGGGUUGCACUAUACAGACCCUAAAAAGAAGGAUAAAGAUAAAGGUAAUAAUGGAAUGUGCAGAGACUUGUGUGAUUCUCCUAUAUUCAGUGACAGCCCUACUGAAGAAGAGAAACCUCUAGAUAUUCAAACUGUAGAAAUUUCUACGACAGAAGUGAAUGCUGUAGAAGUUCACGAUAUAGAAACACAGACUGUGUCACCUGAGAAGCUAGAAGCUGAGGACCUAGAGGAGAUCCCCCUGGAAACCUGUAAAAUCUUUGAGAAGAACCAGGCUUUGAAUAUCACAGCUCAACAGAAAUGGCCUUUGCUGAGGGCCAACAGCAGUGGCUUAUACAAGUGUGAGCUCUGUGAGUUUAAUAGCAAGUACUUUUCUGAUUUGAAGCAGCACGUGAUCCUGAAGCAUAAGACAUGUACAGACACUCACGUCUGUAAAGUUUGUAAGGAGAGCUUCCCCAGCAAAGUGCAGCUCAUCGAACAUGUGAAACUGCACGAGGAGGAUCCGUACAUCUGUAAAUACUGCGAUUACAAAACAGUGAUAUUUGAGAAUCUGAGUCAGCACAUCGCAGACACGCACUUCAAUGACCACCUUUACUGGUGUGAGCAGUGCGAUAUGCAGUUCUCCUCGAGCAGCGAGCUGUACCUCCACUUCCAGGAACACAGCUGUGACGAGCAGUAUCUGUGUCAGUUCUGUGAGCACGAAACCAAUGACCCGGAAGAUCUGCACAGCCACGUAGUGAACGAACACGCGUGUCGUCUGAUCGAGUUAAGCGACAGCUAUAAUAACAAGGAGCGCGGACAGUACAGUCUCAUAAACAAAAUCAGUUUUGACAAGUGCAAAAACUUCUUUGUGUGCCAGGUGUGCGGCUUCAGGAGCAGGCUGCAUACGAAUGUCAACAGGCACGUAGCUAUUGAGCACACCAAAAUAUUCCCUCAUGUUUGUGAUGACUGUGGGAAGGGCUUUUCAGGUAUGUUGGAAUAUUGCAAGCAUUUAAGCUCUCAUUUAUCUGAAGGGAUUUAUUUGUGUCAGUACUGUGAAUAUUCGACGGGACAGAUUGAAGACCUAAAAACUCAUUUGGAUUUCAGGCAUUCUGCAGAUUUGCCUCAUAAAUGUACCGAUUGUUUAAUGAGGUUUGGAAAUGAGAAAGAUCUUUUAAGUCAUCUUCAGAUACAUGAGACGGCGUGAUUACUUUCUCUCCCUGUAAACAAUUUGUGAGUAUUGGAAUUCCUUUCCGGUCACUGAAAUGUGGUAUUAAAUACCAUUUUAACAGCAA